UCUCUAUCUUCUUCAAGUGCGUUGCUUAACAUCAAUAGCAGUCAUGUGGACACAGGCAGCGGCAACGCUGUUCAUCACGUUCUCGUGGGCAGCUCAAAUCCCUCUCAGAAAGGUAGAGCCUGUCUUGGAUAUUCAGACUCAUUCCCAGAACUACUCCUUCGAUGCGUUAUUGCAUUUGCCAGGAAUCAGUCCGUACUUCGAUGCUGUUGGUUUCGGGCUGGAGCACCAAGCGCCACUAGGUUGCGAAGUAACAGCAGCAAGUUACCUCGUGCGCCAUGCAGCCAUCUACGCCAACGACAAUGACUACGAGCUGUUCAUGGAGCCGUUCUUGUCGGAGUGGGAGGAGGCUGAAAGGGAAUGGACUGGUCCGCUCUCUGUCCUGAACGAGUGGAAGUCGCCAUACACCAACAUCGACGAGCAAAUGGAGCAGCUGACGCCCGCCGGCGCCGAAGACUCAACCAAAGUCGCCGAACAUCUAUUUCGUCGGUAUCCAAAGCUAGUGCCUACGACUACCAAGGUCUACACUGACAAGAAAGACCGUACUCGUGACACGGCCAGGGCGUUCAUCGAGGCUUUCCCCCAGGAGGUCAAAUUGGAGCAGAUCUCCGCGCACCACGAAUUCCACGAGGUCGUCCCGCACAAAACGUGUAAAAAAUUCACAAAAGCUGCUGGCGAUAAGGAACUAGAAAUUUUCGCUCAUGAGUACACCAAGGGAACGAUCAAGCGAUUGCAACCGCACGCGCCCUUCGAGCUGACAGCGAACAUGAUUGUUGGGCUUCAGCAGCUCUGCGGAUAUGAGAGCGCCAUCACGGGCAAUUCCAGCACGCUGUGUGACAUUUUCACGCCAAUGGAGUGGAUGGCUUAUGAGUACCUCUGGGAUCUGAAAUAUUUCUACAUGGUUGGGCCUGGAAACCCGCUAUCUCCUUACCUUGGGUUUCCGUGGUUGAAUGUCACGGCCUCUCUCUUCUCUCAACUCCAUGAGAGUGACGGCGCAUCGACCAGAAACAAGGACGAUGACGGCCAGCGCUUCUUCGUCGCAUUUACUCAUCGAGAAGUUCCACCAUUCCUUGCAACGGCAUUGGGCAUAUUUGACUCCUCGGCUAGCAUUGACGAGGUAAUGCCAGUGGACAGGAUAAACUUUCCCCGCGCUUGGAAAAUGGCAGAGCUCAUCCCCUUCUUGGGCCACAUUGGUAUCGAAAAAAUGACAUGUGGUCCUGAAUCUGGAGCGAGAGGAGGGUCGGAAUUCAUCAGGGUCUUGGCGAACAGCGCACCUCGUCCAAUUCCCAAGUGCCAAAGCGGACCAGGAGCUAGCUGCGAGCUCCACGAAUUCCAGAAGUUUACGCUCGAAGGCUUGAAGCAGUAUGGUGAUUUCGAUGGAGUUUGUGAGAACGGGAAAGAUGAAAAGGGAAGAAAAGAUCUCUAAGAAUAUUAUGGUAGAUCAAUCGUAAUCGUAAUGCAUGCAUGGUUGACAUCAACUGUCUGCUGAAUUGACAAACCUUGCACGAGAAUUGUCUGAACUUUACAGCUUUGGACGUUUCAAAGUGAGGUAAUCCCCGACAUGUUGCACGACUGUACAUUUGCAUGGCGAUUCUAUUUCGACCGCCUCUUUGCGAUCGGGCACGGGAAUGCGACCGGGCAUUUUGUCGUAACUGACGAGCGGCCGCCCACACAAUUGUGAAUAUGAAGCAGCCGUAUUGCAAAUGCUCGCCGAUGAGCAGUAUCCCGAUGAUGCUUCUCACGGUUUUGGUGUUUUCAAGUGAUAUCUUUUUGGCGUGGUUGAAGGGAAAAACUGACAGCGCUAU